UCAAUCAUCGACCACAACACCCCAUCCACAACCUCGUUAAAAAUGUCGCUCGACGCGCCUUCCUCGGCCUUGCACCUCAACCAGCCCCCUAGCGGCUCGUCGGCGUCCUCCUUUAGCCGCGCGCCGACCCUCAUCACCGUCCACCCCUCGGUCGUCGCCUCGAUCCUCACCCACCACUCGCGCCGGCCAGAGGAGAGCAGCGCGCCCCGUGUCAUCGGUACCCUGCUCGGCACACGCUCGGAGAAUGGCCAGGAGAUUGAUGUGCGCACGUCGUUUGCCGUCGCCCACAAGGAGGAGGACGAGGAGGUCGCCAUCGACAUGCCCUUCCAGCAGGGAAUGAUGGAGCUCCUCGCCAAGAACGGCAUCAACGAGCAGGUCGUCGGCUGGUACGCCACCUCGCCCACGCUCAACGGCAACUCGGCCCUCAUCCAGAACUACUUCUCGCAGGAGACGGGCCAGAGCCAGACCAUCCACCUCACCGUUGACCCCGAGCUCGGCGCGGACGGAAGCAAGGGCCUCGGCAUCAAGGGCUGGGUCAGCACCUCGCUCGGCCUCAACCCCAAGCCUGAGAACUGUGCUUUCCUCCCCGUCCCAGUGGUCAUUAAGUACGCCGACUCUGAGCGUGCUGGUCUCGACCUCAUCACCGGCCCCGCGCCCCAGCCUUCGCCUGCCCUCCCCUCCCUCCCCGCCCUCUCGACUUCGCUCAACCAGCUCUCGGCCCUGAUCGACCAGGCGCUCCAGUACGUCCAGGACGUCAACUCGGGCAAGAUCAAGGGCGACCCCGAGGUCGGCCGCUACCUUCUCGAGGGUGUUGGCCGCUGGACCUCGACCGGCACAAAGGACGACGAGGGAGGCGUCAAGGAGGGCCUCCAGGAGACGCUUACCGUCUCGUACCUCGCCAGCCUUGUCCGCUCCCAGGUCGAGCUCGCUGGCCGUCUCGCCCUCGUCCCCCAGGCGCAGCAGUAGAGCGGUGUGGUGCAGGUGUAGGCGUAGGCGUAGAUGUUGGCGUUGUUCCACGAGCGCGCUCUCGCUCGCGGGAUGAGUUGCUGGCCGCGGCGUGCUGGCGCAGAGCACGACGGCCAGGGUUAGUAGCGGCUGGUGUGAGAGCACUGGCGCAGGCAUAGCUGCGCAUAAUUAGCAUGCAUUGUCUAGAACUGG